AUGACUAUGAAGGUUACUCUCUUCAUAUGCCUUAUCAUAACAUUCAUCUUCUUUUGCUCAUCCAAAACCACCACCACUGGCACCAUAAAUUGGUGGUGCACUCAAACCCCAUACAACCAAACAUGUAAUCACUACGUUGCCGAGGGUAAGAACUCCACCGCGACCGUAUCUAUAAACCAGUUCCUAGACAUAACUGUAAAUGCGGCCGAAGAAGAAGCACGUGUGGUCCUCAAACGCGCCCAAGGGAUCGAGGCCACUUACCCAAAUCCUCCAGAAAAAACCUUAUGGCAUAGUUGUGUUGACGACUUUGAUGAAGCCGUGUUCACACUUAACAUGGUCCUUGACCACACCCACCAACCCAGCCCAGAUGACAUAUUGACGUGGAUAAGUGAUAGUGUAACCGACGUUGACAUGUGCGAAGAAGAGUUCGAGAAUAUGAACAUAACCACCACCAUGUUACCCGCACUAACCACCAAUUUAACACAACUACUACUCAACUCUUUGGCUAUUAGUGUUGCUAUCAAUGGUGGUAAUCCUCCUGGGUUGAAUGAAAUGGAGGUUUAG